UUUGUGAAUGGUGCGUGUCGUAUAAACGCAAUUUAUUUAUCCUUUACCGAAGAUAUAUCUCAUCUAGGUUAGCGUUGUAAAUCGCCAUACUGCUAUAACAGGACUGUAUAUCUGGCUUGUGUGGAGAAAGUCUAUAAAAGGUAAAAAACGCUCGUCGAAAUAUGUAGAAAUUUGCUUCUGAAAGUGGAUCUUGCUGUGUCGCGCCGGCUGGUGUCGAUUUGCAACGUGAACUACUCGGCAUUGUUUUGGUGAAAAAGCAGACCGGCUUUCGCUAUCAACAUUGCAAUCUGGGGCUUUUUAAAUACCAGCCUAGAACCCGGGCGUCCACGCAACGACGCCUGGUUAAUAACUGCCUCAAAAUGGGAGAAGUUUGGAUGAAGCUGUCCAAAGUUAUGCUUUUGAAACUUACAAAUGCAAGUAGUAUCCACGUUUUGGUUGUUGUUAUCUUUAUUGUAUUGAGUGCCGUCUUGAUGCUGGAUCUUCUAAAUUUGAGUAGUAAAAUGGCCCACAUGAACAAAGACAACGAUGAGUACUCGCAUAAACACGGCCAGACUCGUGGCAUUAAAGAAUGGAAGAACAUCCGUCGAUCUGUUGGUACAGAACCGUUACCAUAUUUGAUUUUGAAAGACAUCGUCAAUAUUGACACCAUCCCUGUCAGGGAACCGACAUGUGCAGUGAACUCGAUACUUAUGAUUCUAGUGACUUCGGCACCCGAUCAUUUUGAUAGGAGACGAGCCAUUAGAAACACUUGGGCAAAAGACCGAAAAACUCACAACGACUCAAACUGGCAAACUUUUUUCCUUAUAGGAAACAGCCGUGAUUCAGUGAAAAAUAGGAAAAUAGAAGACGAGUUUUACGAAUAUGGAGAUAUUCUUUUAGGUGACUAUAUUGAUACCUACCGCAAUUUAACUCUAAAAGUACAGAAUGGCUUUAAGUGGGCUGUCGAAAACUGCCAACCACAAUAUCUACUCAAAACAGACGAUGACUGUUAUGUCAACACGCGAUAUUUUCCACGAUUUCUCGACCAGUUUAACCCUAAUCGAGACGGUUUGUACGCCGGUGCGAUGUUCAAUGACAGGGGAGUAGUCAGAGACAAAAACAGUAAAUGGUAUGUUUCACCGGAAGAUUACCCAAUGUCUGUCUACCCAAGGUACGCAAGUGGUACCGGAUAUGUGCUGUCAAAAGACGUAUUGCAACGUGUUGUCGAAGCAUUUAGUGAAGUGCAUCCAUUCCCCGUCGAAGAUGCCUACACGGGAGUAGUCGUCCAUCGUGUUGGUGUGUCGAUGUUGGACACUGGGCGGUUUACCAUGUAUAACAAACAAUGGAGAAUCUGCAAUUACCUAUAUUUACUGGUAAUCCACGGUGUCACUCCAGAACAGCAAUACCUUGCGCUAAAAUACACAGACGAUACAUUAGUAGAGUGUCCUGGCCAAAAAGAAUCAGUUACCUGGUAUUGA